CUUGGAAGUUAUCAGGUUUAGAGGUCUCAAAAGUCCAACUUAAGCUCCCUGGCAGUUUCAGAAGUUCUGAUCAGUGUAAGCUGAAUAAGUGACCCAUUUAGGGUAAUAUUUGCUUCUCAUACCAUUCAUUUGUGUCUUUUCUCUAAGCAUGUGUUUGUUUGCUUGCAUUGGUACUGAUGAUGGAACGAAUUUCCGAUAUUGCCUGUUUCCUAUUCCAAGAGAUGGUCACUGAUGAUGGAAUGACAUCUUGAUCUCGUAUGUGGAAGAGAUGAUUAUAGAUAGAUCAAGUGAAGCAUAAACCGUAGUCUUAAGAUGGAUACUCAAACUAUCAACCACCAAGUACCCUACAAAGAGGAGAAGAUGAGCAAAGGGCUGAAAAGAUCGUUGCUCGUGUUGAAUUGCACAAUGUUAGGCUUGGGACAUGUCGGUGGCCCCCUUAUAAUGCGGCUCUACUUCUUCAAAGGUGGUAAGGGAGUUUGGAUAUCAAGCUGUUUAGAAACUGCCGGCUGGCCAUUUAUGCUAUUGCCCCUCGUAGUUUCAUACUUGUAUCGUCGAAGAAUGGGGGGCCCUGGGACCGAGGUUUUCUUCAUAAAACCUCCUAUAUUUCUGGCUAGUGUUCUUCUAGGCCUUCUUACCGGCGUGGAUGACUUUUUGUAUGCUUAUGGGGUUGCUCGCCUCCCUAUCUCUACCAUAGCUCUUAUAAUUUCAACCCAAUUGGCCUUCACUGCUGGAUUUGCCUUUUUAUUGGUUAAGCAGAAGUUCACAUCUUUUACAAUCAACGCAAUCUUUUUGUUGACUAUGGGAGCAGUAGUUCUUGCACUUCAUACAAGUUCAGAUCGCCCAGCUAACGUAUCCAAGCGACAAUAUUUCUUGGGGUUUUUAAUGACACUUGGAGCUUCAGCGCUCUAUGGUUUUGUGUUGCCAGCCAUUGAGUUGACAUACAAGAAAGCAAAGCAGAACAUCACUUACUCUUUGGUGAUGGAGAUGCAGAUGGUUAUGUCGUUUUCAGCUACUGUUUUCUGCAUCACUGGGAUGCUCUUUCACAAAGACUUCAAGGCAAUUCCAAGAGAGGCAAGUGAAUAUGAGCUAGGACAAUCAACAUACUAUGUGGUACUCAUGUUGAAUGCAAUCUUAUGGCAGUUUUUCUUCAUGGGAGCUGUUGGAGUGAUUUUCUCCGGCUCCUCAUUGCUUUCUGGUAUAAUAAUUGGGGCUUUGCUUCCUGUGACAGAAUCUUUAGCUGUAUUGUUCUACCAUGAAAAGUUCCAAGUUGAAAAAGCUAUAUCCCUUGUUUUAUCACUUUGGGGAUCUCUGUAUUACUUCUAUGGCGAGUUCCAAGAAAACAAGAAGAAAAAUCAAGCUUCAGAAAUAGAAAUGGCCUGAGUGUCAUGGUCUUAAAAGUAGCCAUAAAUCUCAUAUUGGUUGGACAAAAUCGUGAAACCUUAUGAAUUAAAACGAACAAUAUUUUAUAAGUUAAUAUAGACCGUGACACUAAACAUGUGCUUUAUCCUUAUUGCAUCAAAUUAAACCAAUUGUCUCUACCAUGUAUCAUUUGCUGUUCAUAUUUCAUCCAUAAUUUAAGCUUAUGUUGGAUGUCCUAAAUCCUUUUGUGAUCUUUGAUAACUUUGAAAAUCAAACUUUUGGAUGAGGCGGUUGAAAGUCU